CUCUUAUUAAAUGCUAGAUUGGUUUGAUAAACCCCAUUUGACAAAUAUGACUGCAAUUUUAAAAAUCAUAUUUGUUCUCCUCUCAAUAAACGGCUCUGUAGCAGGACUUUAUGAGCUUUUUACACCGGAGUCACGAUUAUCUGGAUUUAUCAUGGAAAAGAUUUCUCCGAUUGGAAUGGUCAUGUGUGUUAGAGAAUGUUCGAAAAGACGUUUUUGUGCUUCGCUAAAUUUCAACCGAAAACGAUUAGAAUGUGAGUUGUCACAUAGUGACGUCUUAACAGACCCAUCUAACAUGGCGUCGGAUCCUGAAUUUAUCUACAUUGGAAGGAAUGAAAUUCCACAGGAGUAUUUUGACUCAAAAACUGCGUCCUGUCCAGCUAGAGGCAGUUCUGUCAGCACAGCAACUGGACCUAAAUGCGUCAAAUCAGAUUGUCCUAUUGAUCACCCUGACACCAAUUCCACUGGGGUCAAGGUCACAUCCACCAAGGUCGGAACUGUCCUAAGUUACACGUGCAACUCGGAUACUUCAGUUGUCUUGACCUCUAAAUGCAGAGGGAAUGGAACUUGGACAUCUUCUGCUUCUUUAUGCCUAGAUAUACCUGAUUGCUUCAAAACACCGGCUUCAUGUUGGUUCCAGUAUAACUUCACUUACGACAACACGUGGGACGGAUGUACUGGGGGAACCCGUUAUGUCCGGAGAACUCAGUAUCCUUCCGCCCCGUAUGUGGGCGUGGUUCUAUGUAGUCCUACCAGGUACAAGAUAGUUUUGGGAUCCGCUUUUACGGAUAAAUUUCUCAGCAUUGGUGAUGGUAAUGGUUCAGGGGCGGAUCACUGUGAACUUGUAGGCGGAUACCAAACUGAGGCUAUAGUGGCAAAUGAUUAUACAACAGCUCCAACGGUUACGGGAUAUAAGCGUUCUAACUGGGGUGAACCUUUCACGGUUGGAACGAUAGGCAGCUCGACCCCUUACAAGUACAAUUCAUGGUACGAAUGCGGAGUGACUCCACCAGAACCUCCCUGUUUUAACACCCCGACAUCAUGUUGGUAUGAGUAUAGUUUUCAUCAUGAUACUGCGUGGAACGGAUGUACAGGCGGCCGGAAGUACGUCAUGAAGACCAAAUAUACUUCCGCUCCUAUUGUUGGAGUAGAACUUUGCAAUUCAACAAGGUAA